AUGACCGCAACGCUCCUCUACCUCCUCUCCCGCCCCCGCUUCGGCUUCUUCGAGCCCAAACGGGCCAAGAUCCUCGAAAUGCUCCCUCUGGCCGCCGCCAUGUGCCUGAACGUGAUACUGCAAAACUUCUCCCUGGCCUAUUCCUCCAUCCCCUUCUACCAAAUCUGCCGCGUCCUCCUCACGCCCACCGUCGCCGCGCUCAACUUCUUCCUGUACCAGAAGACGCUGCCCCGGACCGCCGUCCUCGCGCUCCUGCCCAUCUGCGCCGGCGUGGGCAUGGCGACCUACUUCAACGCGAGGGCCCGCGAGGGUGACGACGGCCAAACGACGUCGUUGCCCGGGGUGGUGUUCGCCUUCGGCGGCGUCCUGAGCAGCGCCGUCUACACGGUCUGGGUGGGCGUGUACCAUGCCAAGUUCGGCAUGAACAGCAUGCAGCUGCUGUCGAACCAGGCGCCGAUCGGAUCGGCCUUGCUGCUGUACAUCAUCCCUUGGACUGACAGCUUUCCCGUCUUCCAGGAAGUGCCGCUGAAUGGGUGGAUGUUGGUGCUUCUGAGCGGACUCUGUGCGUGCGUGAUCAACAUAUCGCAGUUCUACAUCAUCAACGAGGCUGGCGCUGUGAGCAGUACAGUGGUCGGGCACGUCAAGACUGUCUCCAUUGUUACGCUUGGUUGGGUUGUUGGUGGUAAUACCGCGGCUGACGGGAGCGUUGUUGGGUUUCUGCUUGCUAUUGUUGGAAUUAUCACAUAUACGACGAUAAUGCUGAAGCAUAAGCCAGUUAAAGGCGGCCUCGAAACCAAAUUCGGUGACACGGAACCAUCCACAGCACUCUCCAAGCUUACUUCGUAG